AACAUAUCUACUCAUGCUUAAAUAGGCCUACACAUCCCGGAUCCACAGCUAGACCUAUCUGAAGAUAUCACAGGAAGAGUUUGUGCAAGGACCAAAUAGGACUUCUAGGAUGUUCCAGCUAUGGGUGAAUAUAGGCUCAUUCAGGAGCUACAUGGCUUGUGACAGUCUCUGAAAUAACUCCUCAGUCCACUGAAAAUGAUGACACUUGUCCUGUAUUCAUCUAAAUGUAUUGGACAUGCUUAUAUUAUGUGUCUUCGGGGUAUUGGAUGGUAAUCUCAAAGGAGGAAGUCACUAAGGGAACAUGAGUGACACAGUUCUAGUGACAGAUUUUAGGAGUGGGCCGGACCACUAUUUGUCAUGCUCUGGAGAGGACAGUCAUUUAUUAUGUUCAGAAAUGGCUGACGCAGAGCCUUCCCUAACGGAAGUAGUAAAGCAAGUGACUCAGCAGCAUCAAGGACAAGCUUCUGAAAUACAGAGAAGCAGACAAGCACUCACCCAGAUUCAGGCAGAACUUUAUCAACUUGAAACUGAGCUGAAGUCUGUUCUAAUAGAAACAAAAUACGCUGAAAGGAAGAUUAUCCAAACAGAAGACUCAAUAGAAAAUAUGAUGCAUCAGUGUGAAAUCCUGGAGACCCAACACUACUCAAUUUAUGCUGAGACCAUCAAGAUUAAACUAGAUAUGGAAAUUCAGAGAGAAGAUUUGGAAUCUACUGUGUCCAGAAAUAAUGGCUACCGUAAAAGAAUUUCAGAUAGUAUUAAUAUGUUUACUGUGGCAGAAAAUAAAUUGCCGUUCAUGAUUGAGCUUAAUAAGAAAUGUUCGAUGGUUCAACUAUUAAAAAAGCAGAAGGAGGAAAUGGUCCUUGACCUGCAUAAUCCUGAGAGCGCUGCUGUAAAACAAGUGCAGGAGGAAAUAGUACAUGUAAGUGAGCAAAUCAAAGCAAUAACAGAGUGUAUCAGUGUGAAAAAGAAGAUAUAUGAGGAGGAGCUAGAAAGACAUGUUGUGCUAAAAAAAGACAUACAGGUGCAGAAGAAAAGAUACAAUGCUAUAUUAAAACGUCUCCAUUCUCAGUUAAACAAGGCGCAGCAAAACAAAAGGCAAUAUCAGUGGAAGAUCGAGGAGCUGAAAAAGACAGCGCACAGUCUACGGCAGAGUCUUGGGAUGAUCCCGUGACAUUUUAAGUAUUCUGAACUUUUACUGUUUAAUUUAUCCUUUUUUAAUAUUUAUUCACGUUAAGCUAUUUCAUCCUUGUAAUGUACAUCUCUAAGGGAGAGCCGGAGAUACCUGAAUGCUGUCUCGCUAGCUCGCCCAUAGUGAUGCAUGAAGGGAGUGUGUCGGCCACCGCUUUGUGCAUUCCGAAGAUACCCGAACACUGUAUCUCCAGUGUGCUCAUAGAGAUGCAUGGAGGGGACGUGCCGACCACUGCUUUGCACGUUGGUUGACACGCCUCCAUUUAUGAGGAUAUCGGUGUCUGAUCGUGGGGGGGUUUGACUGCGGGGACUUGGACUCCUGCGCAUAGGGAAUAAGUUUAUUGAUACUGUAUAACUCCUUUAAUUAUCCUGUCUAGCUCAGUUCAAAACUGUGGUACUACAAGUAUUAGUUAUUCAUGUUUAAGUUGGAUCAUUUGGAUAUUAAUCUGCUAAUAAAUCAGUUAUUCAU